AUGAACUUUGAACGCUAUCCAUGGCUGAAGGACCUGACUACGGCCGACGCUCUCCGAGAAAUUGCCAAGGCGCGGCGGCAGUAUCAGAGCCAAGGCGCCUUUCUUUUUCCUUAUUUUAUUCGCCCCGACGUCUUGGAAAAGUGUUGCUCCGAAGCUCGGGCCCAGGAAAGUGAGGCCUUUACAACCGACGAUCACCACACCGCCUAUCUCGGCCCUCAAAACUGUAAUUACCCCGAAAAUUCCGUCGUGAAUCACAAAAUGAAGACGCAAGUGGCGUCCAUCGCGUACGACGAGCUCCCGCACGAAAGUUCCUUGGCAUCCUUGUAUAACGAUGAGACUUUACUGCGAUUAAUUUCUCUGAUCGUUCAGAAGGAACUAUUCCUAUCUGACGAUCCAUUGGGAUGCUGUUCGAUCAACGUGUUUAGGCCCGGAUACCACCAUUCCUUUCACUUUGACGAGUCGGAAUUUUCGACGACGCUCAUGUUGCAGGAUGCGGCAGACACCGAUUCGGGACUCUUUCAAUACACGGAUCCUUUGCGUCAAUCCGCAAGCGAUCCGGCGCUCGCUGACGUUGCUGCGAUUGUGCAAGCCUACGAUCACAUGAACGAGCCGCCUCACGGAGGCUUUCACGAGCACGAUGCUGCCCACCGCGCACCAACGUUACACACCCUCGAUUUCCGUCCUGGAACCUUGUCCCUUUUUUCCGGAUCCAGGUCAUUGCAUCGUGUGACCCAGGUACGAGGAUCCCGGUCCCGACUAGUAGCUGUAUUAACGCUUGCCACGCAACCAGGUUUCCGCAAUUCGGUCGUGGUGCAAAAACUGUUUUGGGGACGCAGUGUUUCGGGCUGAAGAAAAAUGUAGGUGAAUUUUG